AUGAGCAUCUUGGUGUGGAACUGCCGAGGGCUUGGGAACCCUCAGACAGUUAAUGUCCUAAGGAAUUUAACUAAGGAAAAGUACCCCAAUGUAGUUUACCUAGUGGAAACUAAAUGUAGAAGGAAUAGGAUGGAGGUAGUUAGGAGAUGCAUGCAGAUGGACGGAUGCUUCUCAGUGGACUGUGUGGGAUUCAGUGGGGGUAUUGCUCUUCUUUGGAAAGAGGAAUGGAGUGUUAAAAUUAUCAAUUAUACAAGAUGGCAUAUUAGUGCUUUGAUCCAGGAGGAAACAAGUGGACCAACAUGGCAAUUCACAGGUUUCUACGGACAUCCAGACACAGGGAAAAGAAUUAGUAGUUGGCAACUGUUAAGGAUGCUCAAACCAACUAGCCCUAUAGCUUGGUUAUGUGCGGGGGAUUUUAAUGAGAUCCUCCAUGAAUGUGAAAAGAUAGGUGGAGCUAGCAGACCAUAUAAACAGAUUGAGGAGUUCAGACAAGCUGUGGAUUGCUGUGGUCUCAAUGACAUCCACUCACAUGGACAGGAAUUUACUUGGUCGAACAAUAGAAAUGGCAGGGAUUUUACAAAAGAAAAAAUUGAUAGGGCCUUUGGAAACAAGGAAUGGAAUGAUAUCUAUACCCAGGGAGUAUGCAAUGUUCUCCCUGCCAUUAUGUCUGAUCAUUCUCCCUUGUCAAUCAGCUUACAUAACACCAAUCAUGGGAUGAAGAGGAAAAGAUGGUGUUUCAGAUAUGAAUUGGCCUGGGAACUGAAGGAAGAAUGCAAGCAGGUGGUGAGUGAGGCAUGGCAGAAAACUUGUAUAACAGAUAGUAAGGCCAAACUACUAAGUACUAAGCUUGAAUUCUGCCAAAAGGAUCUGUUGACCUGGAGGCAGACGCUAAAGCAACAAGAAGAGAUGGUUAUUUUAAAGGGGAAACAAAGCAUUGGGCAUCUUCAGAAUACAGGUACAGGUGAGCACUUAAUAGCUAUGAAACUUAUUCAAGGGGAGGUGGUAUCAUCCAUAACAUCAAAUGAUAGCAAGUGGAAACAAAGAGUGAAACAACACUGGCUUAAACAUGGGGAUAGGAACACUCAAUACUUUCACAUGCAGGCAAACCAAAGAAGGAAAAUUAAUGCAAUCAAGUGCAUAGAGGACUCCCAAGGAAGAAGUGUUACAAAACAGUCAGAAAUUGGAGAGGUCAUCACAGGUUAUUUCUCCUCUCUUUUUACCACUUCCCAUCCUUCAUCUGUUGAACAAUGUUUGAUUGCACUGGAUACUAGACUAGCUAUGGACAUGAAGGCCUGGCUUUUAAAUCCUUUCAGUAGGGAAGAAAUCAAUGCAACAGUAUUUCAUAUGAACCCCUUAGGGUCGCCAGGUCCUGAUGGGUUCCCUGCUCAGUUCUACCAAAAACAUUGGGAGAUUUUUGUGCCUUCAAGGGGCCUAAGACAAGGGGACCCUUUGUCCCCUUAUCUUUUUAUCUUAUGUGUAGAAGCCCUCACUUCUCUUCUAAACCAAGCUGAGGCAUGUGGCAACUUAACUCCUGCUCCUAUUGGUAGAGGCCCAAUCAUUGUGAACCAUCUUUUCUUUGCUGAUGACAGUCUCCUUUUCUGCCAAGCAGAAAUCAAGUGUGUGCUAAAUAUCCUUGAUCUUUAUGAGAAAGGAUCAGGACAGAUAUUGCUGCUAGCAGGUGUCCAAUCCACAUCUAGCUUUGAAAGAUACUUGGGCCUACCUGCUUUGGUGGGUAAAAGAAAGAUUGCCUCAUUCCAUUCCCUAAUUGAUAGAACCUGGACUCGAGUCUCUAACUGGAGGACUAAGUUUCUAUCUGCAGCAGGAAAGGACAUUUUGCUCAAGGCAAUCCUUCAAGCCAUCCCCACCUAUGCAAUGGGAAUGUUCCUGUUACCAGUAUCCAUUACCAGGAAGUUAAAUCAGAUUCUUAGGAAAUUCUGGUGGGGAUUCAAUGAAUAUUCCUCCAAAAUUCAAUGGGUUAAGUGGAAGCAACUUAGUGGCAGCAAAGAAAUGGGAGGCCUUGGUUUUAGAGAUCUAAGAUGUUUUAACCUUGCUCUACUUUCAAAACAGGGAUGGAGGAUUCUUCAAAAUCCAACAUCCCUAGUGGCACAAGUGUUAAAGCAAAAGUAUUUGAACAAAGGAGAUUUGCUUGAAGCAAAGUUGGGGACAAGGCCUUCCUUUGCAUGGAGAGGCAUUCAUGCUAGCUUAACUUUGUUAAAGAAAGGUCUCAUAUGGAGGGUUGGAAAUGGCCAGAAGAUCAACAUUUGGCAAGAUAGAUGGAUUCCCUCACUACCUGCCCAAAAGAUCUUGACUCCUCGAGAAGGAGACUGCUGGUGUGACAAGGUUAGUGAUAUUAUUGAACCCCACCUGAAGCAAUGGCAAGAACCUCUCCUUUGUGAAUUGUUCACCCCUCAGGAAAUAGAAGGUAUCAAAGCCAUUCCCAUUAGUUUAGGGGGGAGAGAAGACAUACUUAUAUGGCAGUUCUCCCAGAAUAACAAAUACACAGUCAAAAGUGGUUACCAUCUCAGCAAAGAUAUGGAAAGAGAACAAGAAGGGGAAUCAUCACGCAAGAAAAGGGACUGCCAAGUGUGGAAGACAAUUUGGAAACUUAAUGUACCUCGUGCCACCAAGAUGUUUAUAUGGAAAGCAUGCAGUGAGGUCCUUCCCACUCUGGCUAAUCUUAAAAGGAGAAAGGUAGUAGAGGACAACCUCUGUCUAAUAUGCAACCAAGAACCUGAGACUUCUGGCCAUGCCUUAUGGGGCUGUAUAGGGGCAAGAGACGUGUGGUGCCAAGGUCCAAUGAAAGUGUAG